GAAUCCCUCUCUCCAAGUGAAUGCCUGAGCAAAAGCAGGAAUAAACAUCCCAAGCUUGUCCUACGCACUCAGAUUCAGGCUUCAUUUUGGAGUUGAAGCAGUUGGCUUCCUCCUCAUCCUCUCCCAUCUGCCCAGUUAUCGCUAAUCUCUGUGCUUCUAGAUCAGAAGCUUAGCCAGGAUGGCUACUCCCGCUCUCACCGUCGAGAAGACGGCCUCUGGCCGCGAGUACAAGGUCAAGGACAUGUCAUUGGCGGAUUUCGGCCGCAUGGAGCUCGAUCUCGCUGAGGUCGAGAUGCCUGGCCUCGUCGCUUGCCGUGAGGAGUUCGGCCCUGCUCAGCCGUUUAAGGGAGCCAAGAUCAGUGGAUCCCUCCACAUGACUGUCCAGACUGCCGUGCUCAUCGAGACCCUCACUGCACUCGGCGCGGAUGUCAGAUGGUGCUCGUGCAACAUCUUCUCCACUCAGGACCACGCUGCUGCCGUUAUUGCCCGGGAUUCAGCUGCCGUGUUUGCCUGGAAGGGCGAGACCCUGUGGGAGUACUGGUGGUGCACUGAGCGCUGCCUGGACUGGGGUGUUGGCGGCGGUCCCGAUCUGAUCGUCGACGACGGUGGUGACGCCACCCUCCUGAUCCACGAGGGUGUGAAGGCGGAGAUCGAGUUCGAGAAGUCGGGCGCUGUCCCCGACCCCGAGUCGACGACGAACCCCGAGUUCCAGAUCGUGCUGACCAUCAUCCGGGACUCGCUCAAGGAGACGCCCACCAAGUACCGCGACAUGGCCAAGCGCGUCAUGGGCGUGUCGGAGGAGACCACCACGGGCGUGAAGCGCCUGUACCAGAUGCAGCUCAACGGCUCGCUGCUCUUCCCCGCCAUCAACGUCAACGACUCGGUCACCAAGAGCAAGUUCGACAACCUGUACGGUUGCCGUCACUCCCUGCCCGACGGUCUCAUGAGGGCUACAGACGUCAUGAUCGCCGGUAAGACCGCCCUGGUGUGCGGAUACGGUGACGUCGGCAAGGGCUGCGCUGCUGCUCUCAAGGCCGCUGGUGCCCGCGUUACAGUCACGGAGGUUGACCCCAUCUGCGCUCUCCAGGCUGCCAUGGAGGGCUUCGCCGUGAACACUCUGGCGAAUGUCGUUGACCAGACCGACAUUUUCGUGACUACAACUGGUAAUAAGGACAUCAUCAUGGUCAGCGACAUGGUGAAGAUGAAGAACAACGCGAUUGUGUGCAACAUCGGCCACUUCGACAACGAGAUCGACAUGGCCGGCCUGGAGAGCUACCCAGGCGCCAAGAAGGUGACGGUGAAGCCCCAGACCGACCGCUGGGUGUUCCCUGAGACCAACCGCGGCAUCAUCAUCCUGGCAGAGGGCCGCCUGAUGAACCUGGGAUGCGCCACCGGCCACCCCAGCUUCGUUAUGUCCUGCUCGUUCACGAACCAGGUGAUUGCGCAGAUCGAGCUGUGGAAGGAGAAGGACUCGGGCAAGUACAAGAAGGAGGUGUACGUGCUGCCCAAGCACCUUGAUGAGAAGGUCGCCGCUCUGCACUUGCCGAAGCUUGGAGCUGUGUUGACCAAGCUGAGCCCUGAGCAGGCUGAGUACAUCAAUGUUCCUGUGGAGGGCCCUUACAAGCCUGCCCACUACAGGUACUAGACAAGAUAACUACCUAUUGCUUAUACGCGUUUGGCCCGUUGCUGGGAUGUUAAUUGAAGCAAAUUUCAAGCCUGCUCUGCUCGUACACACCACAUGCAUGUUCAUUGAAAAGGGAGUAGUAGGCUAGCUGCAACGCGGCAGCUAAAUAGCGACCCUGCUGGCUAGCUCUCGUGCAUGUUGAAUGCGUGGUAGUCAGUUUGGAAGCCCUAAACUCAGGUGUUUUUGGCAGCGUGAGCAAUGGUCCCUCAGCACAUCAUUGCCACAUCUGCAUGGUUUUAAAACGUGAAACAUGAAUCUAACUGCAAUCAAACAGAAUAUGUACA